UCAGGGUUUUGGUAUUGCAGAAACUUCAAAAGAGGAUGGCGAGGGGUGUAGCGACUCAGGACGGCGGCAGAUCCAGAUGGCGGCAAGGGCACAACUGGAGGAGAGGAGAUUCUAGGAAUAGGACUCAGGGACAGGUAGAAUCGUUCUUCAUUUACAACUUCCCAGAGGAAUGGGAUGCGAAGGCUUUGUGGUACCAGUAUCAGAAAUAUGGAAAGGUUGUUGAUGUGUUUAUACCAAGUAAGAGAGAUAGAUGGGGGAAACGGUUUGGUUUUGUCCGAAUGCAAGGAGUGCAAGAUGUUAAGCAACUCGAAGAGAGACUGAAUAGGAUAUGGAUCGGGUCCUAUAAGCUGAGGGCAAGAGUGGCAUCUUCCAGGAGGCAGCGAGAGAUAGGAAGGCAGAGGAAUGCGGGGAAGAAGACUGGGACUGACAGGGUACAGAGAAGUUUUGAGCAUCGAAGAAGUGCUAGGCUGAAAGAGGGCAUCAGAGAGCAGCGUUUUGUACAACCAGGUUUGUCAUACGUUCAGGCGGUAAUGGGGAAUUCAAGGAAACAUGGUGCUCUGGUCCUGAAUAAACAAGCAGAAAAGAAGGAGAAAUCUGCAGCUAUGGAUAGAAUAUCUAUCAUUCAGAGGAAGUCUGCGAGUCUUAAGGGGAAAAGCUCCGAGGAAAAGGAGGGAGCGGUGAACUCGGGUUUCAACAGGGAGGAAAUCAUUGAUUUCUGCCCAUUGAAAGAGGAGAAUGAAUGGUUGCAGGGGAGCAUGGUAGUAGUGGUUAAGUCCAUGUCAAUGAUCUCUAUUAUCCAAGAGAGAUUGGAUGUGGAUGGGGGGUUGAUAAAUAUAUCACCAUUGGGAGGGAGAACCAUACUAUUAACGGAGAGAUUGGCGGGGUAUUUGAAGGAAUAUGUGAUACAACACAAAGAGUUAUUUGAGCUCUGUCCCCUUAAAAGCUUGGAGUGAAAGAUGUUUUGAGAUGAUAGCAGCUUU